CACAUCUGCGGCGGCCCAUAACAGUGGAGAAACGCGUUGGAGUUGGAGUUUAUUGGCUAGCUACAGGUGCGUGCUAUCGUACGAUAGCUAGCUUGUUCGGCAUAGCCAAGUCUACGGUCUGCUCUAUUGUACACGAGUUCUGCAAAGCAGUUCGCCGUGUACUCAUGCCCCAUUACAUAAAACUGCCCAAAGGUGAUGACCUGAAAGAGGUCUGUGAAGGCUUCCGCCAGAGAUGGGGUUUCCCGCAGUGUGGAGGAGCUAUUGAUGGGAGUCAUAUCCCCAUCAUUGCUCCAGAGGAUAACCACGCAGAGUAUUUUAACCGCAAAGGGUGGCACUCGGUUCUGCUCCAGGGUGUCAUGGAUCAUCGGUUUUGUUUCACCAACAUCUAUGCUGGAUGGCCAGGGAGUGUUCAUGAUGCGAGGGUACUCCGGAAUUUCCAUGUGUACUCACUCGCAGAGAAAGGGGAGCUUUUUCCACCAGCCAAUCAUGCUGCUCGGCGACCCGGCUUAUCCCCUUCGAAUCUGGCUGUUAAAAGGAUACUGUGACAAAGGAACCCUGACAGUUGAGCAGAAGUACUUCAAUGAGCGCCACAGCAGAG